CAGUCGGUGCACCAUUUCGCUUCGAUCUCUCGCGUCUCGCGCUGUGGCCGAAUCUCUGGCGGAUCCAGUCAGGAAGAUAUGAGUCGUUUAGGUGAUCGUUUCCGUGCGUCUUAAUUAUUGUCAAUUUACGAUCGACGAUUUUCGAUUUGGUGGAGAUCAUCAUCAGCAAGAUGCAGGCAGUUGGAUGAUGCCACUCGUUGUUGACCGCGAGAUGACAAUAUGGCGAACAUCAAGGUGGCUGUGCGAGUGAGACCGAUAUCUGCUAGGGAAUUAAAUUUGACGGGGUCCGAAGUGGUGAUCCGCGCAGAGCCGAAUGAGAUUUCCUUGACAAAUUUGAAGGUGUCAUCGAGCAAGGCCGGGGAUAGUCGCGAGAGGACCCGGAGAUAUGGUUUCGAUUACUGUUUCGAUUCGUCGAGUCCCGAAUCGAAGAAUUACGCCACCCAAGCGAUGAUCUACGAGACACUCGGCCAGUCCAUCCUGGACGUCAUGUUCUCUGGAUAUAAUUAUUGCCUGGUAGCUUACGGGCAGAGUGCGUCCGGUAAAACCUACACCAUGAUGGGCACAAAGGAGGAUCCAGGACUCAUUCCACGGUUGUGCGAAGGAAUUUCAAAGAUCGGGCAGCAGAGCGACCACGAUAGAAUUUAUCGCGUGACUGUGAGCUAUCUGGAGAUAUAUAACGAGAAAGUGAGGGAUCUCUUGCAGCCGUCGACGAGCGCGAGCCGGCUCCGAGUUCGAGAACAUCCUCGACUAGGACCUUACGUUCAAGGAUUAACGCACCACGUGGUCCACAGUCUGGGCUCGUUGAUGUCAUACGUGGAGAAGGGCAACAAGGCCAGGAAGACAGCGUCGACCCUCCAGAAUCCCAGCAGCAGUCGCAGCCACGCUCUGCUGACCGUCGAUCUUAACCGGGAACAGACGGCCGACGUCGAGGGUCCUUCCGACGGUGACGGCACCGCGUCUUCUGGGAGGCAGGAGGUUACUCAGCGAGCCGGCUCCAGCAGGUUGCACCUGGUCGAUCUGGCGGGCAGCGAGAGCGCGGCCACCUGCGGCGGCGUUCAUCGACUGAAGGAAGGCGCAAAUAUCAACAAGAGCUUAGUGGCCUUGGGAAACGUGAUAUCAGCACUUGUUGAGAAAGGCUCGACCGGAAGUGGGACGAGCAAAAGAUACAUACCUUAUAGGGAUUCCUCUCUCACUUGGCUGUUGAAGGAUGCACUCGGAGGAAAUGCCACCACCGUUAUGCUCGCCACAAUAUCCCCGGCCAGCGGAAGUUACAACGAGACUGCACAUACCUUACGAUUUGCGCAAAGGGCGCAGAGCGUGGUUAACCGACCAGUGGUCAACGAGGAUCCCGUGGAGAGACUCAUCCGUGAAUUAAGGGCCGAGGUCGCCAGAUUAAAAUCCUUGUUACAGCAAAAGGAUAUCGACCAGCCGACUAAAGUAUCGUGUUGCUGCGGUAAAGUUCAAAGUUCACAGGAUUUGGCGACGGAUCCUCAGUAUCGCGAAGACCAGGAAACGCUCAACAUUCUGCCACCUAAAGAGUUGGAUCGCAAGGACGAAUUUACACGAGCAAAGCAUGACAGUUCGCUCGACGUGAUUCCGAUCAGAAGAUUCAACUCUAGUGAUAGUGUGACGAUUUGUAAAAUCGACUCUUCAAAAUUCAGAAGGUUUAGUUCCUACGAACAUAUACGAGUCCCCGAUUGCUUCAUCAACAAUUACAACCAGGCCAAGGUCACUGAGCUGAACGACGAGGAAGACGAGGUGGUGAAUGAGAUUAACGAGCCGGUCUUCGUAGAUAUACCGACCUUGGUAGCCGUGUUGAUUAAGCCGGACGACAGUUUGCAGGAAUCGUCAACGCAAAUCGAAGAAAUCUAUUCCGACGAGGUGCAGGAAGAUUCGAUCGACGCCGAUUUUAUAGAAGGUGGCAACGAGGAAUUUGAGGGAACAGAGAAGCUCGACGACGUCGAUCCUGACGAGCGCAGCAAUUCGGUGAAUUCCUGCAACGCCUUGGGCGACUCGGAGAUCAGUGAGCUGCAUAGAACCCCGCCGAGUCCGGCAUCCGUUGGAAGAAGCGGGCCGAGAGGUAAGUUUAACAAACAAAACUCGGUCGAUUUGCCGUCGUCGAAUUUGAACGUCUCGAAGAAGUUCGGCUCCAUCGAGGGUAUCAACAAAAAGAAGGAAUCCUUGAUUCUGGAUCACCUGCAGCGAUCGCACACGAAUUUAGAGAAGCGUCCGACGCUGCCCGAUCGCGGGAAGAAGCUCAACAACAUCCGCGAGAUCGACGAUCGCAAGGUGAACGCUAAAUCGGGAAAUAUUUGGAGAGCGAUUGGUAACGUCGGCAGUAAGGAUAAUCUACAGAGGAAGAACAGCAACGAAUCCGACAAGAGCUCGAAGGAUUCCAAUAUUGGGAAGCCAGGCGGCUACAACAUCGGUAGAAAGCCGAGUUUAGAGAACCUGAAGAGGAAGACUAGCAAGGACAGUAGUUCGAGCAGCUCCAAGGAUGAGCAGAUUCUGAUCUCGAGCUUGACGCGCGACAAGCUGCUACGUAGAAAGAAUUCUUUGGAUCACGAAGCAACGACAACCGCGGGCGGUGUUCGACAUCACACGGCGAUUCAGCGAAUCAAACGCGCCGACAUCGUCGCGGCUGUCACGGAGAGGCUUUACUCCAGCAGGAAGCAACCGGAGGAGAGCGGCAACAAUAUGGCGACCAGCAACACAUCGGGCACUCGUUCGCCGACGGAGAGCCUCGAGGCCAAGGUGUCUCCCAGCAGUCUCAUGGCACGAUCGAGGCUCCAGGAGAUCUCGCGGAAGAUGCUGAUGAAACGACGAAGAAUCAACGUAGACACGCAGACGGAGGAGGCGUCGACGCUGCGUCUCAAGGACAUGGCGUGCUCAACGGAUGAGCCCAAGGUGAUUCUUCAGGAUGCGGCGGUUCUCACGGAAGAGCACGCGGAUUAUGACGUUCCGGUUGUCACGACGACCGGGAAUCGCCGGUUACCUGUUCUCAGGGUGAAGGAAAUGGCCACGUUGACGGAUCGAAGACCGCGAACCAGCAUCUUCCGCUGCAAGGACGCCGAGAGUUUGGCCAAUGAUCUAGAUUUCGACGACUAUGAGCUGCAUUCGUCGCGAAAUGAUUCCGGCAUACUUUCCGACGAUACGCAGAAUUACGCGGAGAGUAAUCUAUCCAGCGCCGAGAUGUCCGAGCUUUAUCCAGAAGCUGACAGGAGGAUACCAUGCACAGACAGCUCGACCAAUACAUUCCUCGCGUCAUCCGGUAGGAACUCGGCGGUACAAACGGAAAGCGGAACACGGGAAGUAGCGAGUCGACAGAAGGAAAGCUCAGCGAGCGGAAGUCACAACCAUUGCUGUGCUUUGAUUCACGAGAUCGGCCAGCUCGUGCCAGCAAACAGUCCCGAGAAAAAUGUCAUCUCCAUAUCUCUACCGGACAUGAUCAGCAUAACCAUCGAGAGCACAAACGGUUUGGAGUCGAGGAUUGCUGUGACAGAUGGUAGCGAUGCCGUGGAAGAGAACCCGCGACCUAAUUCUAGCGACAAGGAAUCUCAGACGGAACAGAUCAGGGAGACCGAAGGGUCUUUCUUCAAGGAUCUUACAGUGAGAUCGACGGCCGUUCAGGCGGACGGCAGAGUCUUCAGGAUUGAAAACAUCUUUCAGGAUCCAAGAAGCAAUAGCUGUCGCGAUGCAGCUUCCGAUUUGACGAAGGAGACCGUAACGAAGAAAUCGAUGGUCUUGAGGAGCUCCCUGGGCACUUCUUCCUUUAUUGAAGAGACGAAGGAGAAUGACACAAAGACGGAAUGGGACGAAGAGGAUUCUUGUCAAAGAAAACGGUCGAUCCUCAAAGGCGACUUAACGCGAGCUUUCGUCGCUAAGAGACGCAGUUGCAGUUUGAGUCCCAGAAGACCGUCGCACAACCUUGCUUGUCAUGAUUUAUGGAAGAACUGGACUUUUCCAUGCUCAGAAUUUAGCGAUUACGGCAGAGAGGUAGUGAUCGUGCCGCCUAUCGCGCAGCAAAACGCUAUAUCUCUAGUUGGCGAUUUACCUUCUUCUACAGCAAGCGGCGAAUGUACUUUGGUCAAUAAAAUUUCAGAAGAAUCGACUUAUGAAUCAUGCAAUCGAGAUUUCGAGCACAGUUUCCAAGAUUUGAAGAAAUCUGCUUUGAUCGAGGAAAUUCUGGUGGAUUGUAAUUUUUCGGACGACAGUCUUGAUUAUGAAGAAGAUAAUGUCGCGAAAAAAUCAAUUGUUACGAUGGAUACGCAGAAGUGUAAGAAUUAUGAGAGUGUUUGUCCUCCAGAUGUUGUCGCCCACACGAAGAAGGAAGCUUUGCAGGCGAAUCACACGGAUUCGAUUGAAAUUGAAGCAUCGAUAGACGAGUUCGAUGGUACUGAGAUGGAGUUCCCGAAGAGAAAGUCUGUCGAAGUAUUGAACAAGAAUCCAAUACAGGAUUACAAGGCGUUGAUUCUAGGUAAAUCAUCGUACCUCAUAGAUAGCGAUUCCGAAGAAGAAGCGAGCGUAAAAGCGGCCAAUCAAUCUGAUAAUAUCGAUAAGAAGAAGGUAUCCUUUUCGAAUCCCAACAGUCCCGAAGAGAUAACUGACGUCGUGGUUGACCGCAAAGUCUUGGCGCUGAAGCGAAACUCGGUAGCUGUAAAGUCCAUUAUUAAGAAGCUGAAGAAACCAGCUGAGACCGAAAACUUGGACAUCGUCCGAUCGAAUGUCGAAAUUGACCGAUCCAGAAAGGCAGAAUCGACGACGGGCGAGCAAGUCUCGUCCGCUUCAAAAGAGGAUGAAGACUUUGCGGAUUCUGGAGAAGCGGUAAACGACGAGAAGAUUGAAUUCUCCGACGAGGACCUUCCCGCAAUGUCGAAGAAGAAAAACAUUCUUGAAGAGUACUUGAACGAGGCGAUGAUCUUCAUGCGCAACUUGAACUCUAUCAACGAGUACAUGAGUGCCGUGAACAUGUUGGAGAGCUGCGGGAAGCGUCACAGAAGACGAGGAGGUAAUCGAGGAAAAACACCGAGCACAGAUAAAGAUCACAUGGAGUUUCGCGGACGCAAAGUGAGCCUGAAAGAUGCGGCCGACGAGUGUUUGCGACAGAACGAAGUCGUCGCCGUCGAGUCCUACGUGAAAUGUCUGAAGGGUAUUGAGAGAUUGGAAGCGUGCAUCGACAAGGCCGACAAGCACAACCAGAUCCUUCGAGAUAGAUACGGCAUCGACGUCGAGUCUGCUGGCGCUAAAUCGAGUUUAGCGAGUCUCAGCGUAGAUUCCGAGAUGUCCAGCUUUAAGGACGUUGAAAGUCAUAAAUUGCCCAUUUUGUCUUCCAUUCGAACUGACGUCACGAAACAGUCCGCGUUAAAGGGGACGGAGCGACGGAUUCAAAUCGAUGAUCGUGAUUCCGAUGAUAAGGAUGGCGAUGUCAUCCCGGAGGAUGAUCUCGAGCGCAAGAUUUUCGAUGAGUUGAUGCGCGAUUUUAGCGAGUACCGGAGCCCGAGGCAAUACCGACAGAAACGCCUCUGGAAAAUGCGCGAUCUUAGGUCGCGAAGCCCGACAACUUACUCCAAGUUAAGGGAGACUUUCCGACGGGACGCUCGUGGAAUCCUUAAUAUCGAUCAAGUUUCCGCCGCCGAAGAUUAUCCCGAUGACAUUCGCGGAAUCGAGAGUAGCCCCUGGAAUUUGAGAAAAACAAAACUUUACGAUCAAAUGGAAAAGAUCGGCUUGAAGAGAACAUCGAUCGAUUCUGAGAACAACGAAUUGCCGGAAGAAAAUGGUAAUCCGUUCAAAAUUGAGGCGCCGGUCAUCUUCGAGACAAGAGUAGAGUAUCCUGAGUGUUCGAUAGAUCCUGCGAAAUCGCUCGAGGCUGGACAAACAUUCAAUGCGGAAGUGGAAAUCGCGCGAAAAAUUACACAGAGAUCAAAGGAUAGUUUAAGGCUCGAGUUACCGAAUUCCAGAUUCGUGGGAUCUUUGAGUAUGGAACUAAAAUAUCCUGGUAGUCCGAGGGAAUUUUUGGAGCUUUUAAAGGAGAGGAGACGAAUAGUAGAAAACAGCAGAGGUACGAAUGCGUUUUGAGAAAAUCUAAUGAUCAUGCGAUCAUAAAUUGUAAAUCUAUUUUUCAUAAUAUAUUUUGUACUUUGACUAUUAAUCGAAGAAAGAAUAAUUAAAAUAAUUGUAUUUAAGUGUUGAAAUAUAUUGGAGGAAAAGAAACUUGUAAAUAGCGACAUUAUAAUAAUAUUCGCUUCGUUCCCUUUUAACUUUAUUAGCCCUUUAAUUAGAUUUAACGAUUUAACUUUAAUUAUUAUGUUAAUGAUUGUAAUUAUGCGCAAAGUGUUAAUGGACCUUAUAUGGCUCGUAUGUAAAUACAUGCCAAUGUUUAAUUUAAUAUUUGUCAGAUGCGUUUUCACGUUUAAUAUUUAAGUUUGCUUAAAUCUUAUUUAACACCUUCAUUAUAAAUGUUUAAUGAUCAACAUUUAAAUAACUAAAUAACAAUCAAUGUUGUGGAAUAUUUCAAAUUUUAGGAAUUUUAAA